UCACUUCCUUUUAACUUGUAGUCUGUCAGACACAGCUAGGAUGCUUUAGCUCUAGCAUUAGCCAAUAAGUUUAACAACCUCCACUCACCGGAGAAGCAUUUUGCUGUCUGCAAGCCCCAUCAGCACAUUUUCCACCAGCACAUAAACAGUUUUGUGCACUUUGGAGAUGCCGAAUAUUGUGCUUUUCAGCGGGAGCUCCCAUCAUGAUCUGUCACAGCGAGUGGCAGACCGCCUUGGCUUGGAACUGGGCAAAGUAACCACAAAGAAAUUCAGCAACCAAGAAACAUGUGUGGAGAUUGGCGAGAGUGUCCGCGGGGAGGAUGUGUACAUCGUGCAGAGUGGUUGUGGGGAGAUCAACGACAACCUCAUGGAACUUCUCAUCAUGAUCAACGCGUGCAAGAUCGCCUCCUCGUCACGUGUCACUGCGGUCAUCCCCUGCUUCCCCUACGCUCGACAGGACAAGAAAGACAAGAGUCGGGCUCCUAUCUCGGCUAAGCUGGUGGCCAACAUGCUGUCGGUGGCUGGAGCGGAUCACAUUAUCACCAUGGACCUUCACGCCUCACAGAUACAGGGUUUCUUUGAUAUUGCGGUGGACAACCUCUAUGCUGAACCUGCAGUGCUCCAGUGGAUCCGUGAGAAUAUUCCAGAAUGGAAGAACUGUAUCAUUGUGUCACCUGACGCAGGGGGAGCAAAGAGGGUGACCUCCAUUGCCGACCGGUUGAAUGUUGAGUUUGCACUCAUCCACAAAGAGCGCAAAAAGGCAAACGAGGUGGACCGCAUGGUCUUGGUGGGAGAUGUGAAGGACCGUGUGGCCAUCUUGGUGGACGACAUGGCAGACACCUGCGGAACGAUCUGCCAUGCAGCCGACAAGUUGAUCUCCGCUGGAGCAAUAAAGGUGUAUGCCAUCCUCACGCAUGGAAUCUUCUCUGGUCCUGCCAUCUCGCGCAUCAACAACGCUCCCUUUGAGGCUGUAGUGGUCACCAACACCAUCCCCCAGGAAGAGAAGAUGAAGCAAUGUCCGAAAAUACAGGUCAUCGACAUCUCUAUGAUCCUGGCUGAGGCCAUCCGGCGGACCCACAAUGGGGAGUCAGUAUCCUAUCUCUUCAGUCAUGUGCCCCUGUGAAGUGCUCACUCCCGGGCAAGGCUUUUUGCACCUCUCGUCCCCGCCAGCCAGUCAAUGCUCUGCUCCUGCCACACACACACACACACACACACACACACACACACACACAACCAUGCCCUUGUGAGGCCACCAGCAAGUGGUUGCAAGUCAUUUCUACAUUCCUUUUGUCAUUCCCCCCACAAUGCAGAGCACCACCUGGACAAUCUGUGUUUUUCUUUUUUGUUUAAUUUAUGUAUACAUUAUGGUUUUUUUCACUGGCCCAGAGAUCUUGUAGUUGCCUUUACCAAAGAUCUUGUUGCCUAACCAUUUCUUUGUUUUGUUUCUUUUGCCUCAUUUGCAUUUUUUAAAAACUACAAAUGAAGCUCUUGUCAUCCGUUGUCUGCACAGUUGUAGUUUAUUAACUGCGCCUCCUGAUGAUGUGAUGUUGACUGUGAUGGUCCCCUGUGUUGCACCUCUUGUUCCUUUCUUGUAAGUCUUAAUGGGUACACUAGUGAGGUAUUCCAGUUAAUCUGUGGACCUCUUCACGAUCUGGAAUAAAUUCCCUCAGACACUGGGAAAGGCCAUGUGUCCCAUGCUUUAA